AUGCGUAAAACCAGAGAUGGUCAUCUGCUAGUCGAGCUAGACAAAGGUGCUGGAUCUGCAGUAGCAGCACAGAAAUUGUCGUCGGCCAUUGCUACCAGGCUGGGUGGCGCUGUCGGAGGAGUAUCGCAGCUUAGCCAGUAUGCUGUAGUCGAGAUUGUGGACCUCGAUGCUGUGGCAACCAAGGAUGAGGUCCUGUCAGCAUUGCGGGCAGCAAUACCAGGAUCUGAUGACGACCAAACUGCCAUCUGUGAACGGCAGGCUAUGCAGAUCACUGGUCUCUGGCCCACUAGGUCCGGCCAGCAAAUUGCUACUGCCAGAAUGACGAGAGCCGCCGCCUCUAGUAUAAGCCGAGUACCAAUUGGAUGGACAAUGUGCCGCGUUCGUCCUAGGCGGCCUGAACCAGAAAAGUGCUUCCGAUGCCACGGAUUUGGACACCAAAGUGGUAAUUGCUCCGGGCCCGACCUAUCGUCCAAUUGCAAACGCUGUGGAGAACCAGGGCAAGAGCUAAAACAAUGCCUGGCAGACAAAGACUCAUGCGUAGCGUGCGAGAGAGCUGGCUUUGAGCGUUACGAGCAUAAGCCAGGAUCAGGUAUGUGCAAAGCCAGGAAGGAGGCAAUCAAGAAGCCAACCGGGCGCAAUCCACAAACCCAGUCUCGGCAGGUAAGCAACGGAGAUAGAGUAAGCACGCUGCAAUGA